CUUGCCAAUCUUUUAUUUUUAGUAAAACUCGUAGAUUCUUAUGGACUUGAAUGAUAAGUUGCUAGAGAAUGCCAGGCAAAAAUCCUUAUUAAAAGCAUUAGAAACUCCAGAGGAAAAAAGGGCUAGACGUUUAGCAAAGAAAUUAGAAAAGGACAAGAAGAAGAAGGAAAAGUUGGGAUGGGAUGAUGAACAUUUAUCAUAUACAAAUGUAGAUAAUCCUUUUGGAGAUUCUAAUUUGCAUAGACCAUUUAUAUGGCGAAAAAAAUUUCAAAAAGAAGGCAUUGACAAUGUUCCAGAAUCAAAACUUUUAGAAAUAAAUAGUAGAAAAUUGGAGGAGAAUAAAUUGGAACUUGAAAAGGUUAAAAAAAGGAGAUGGCUCUAUGAAAAAGAAAAGGAAUCUAGAGACUAUGAAGUAGAAUUGAUACAGAGAGAAAAAGAAGCAGCUCAAUUUAAAGAAUGGGAAAAACAAGAAGACAAAUUUCACUUAGAACAAGCUUUAUUAAGAUCAGAAAUACGUAUAUCUGAUAAUAGAGCUAAACCUAUUGAUCUAUUAGCUAAAUAUAUCAGCAAUACUAGUGAAGAUUUAAAUUUGGAAAUGCAUGAACCAUAUACCUAUUUAAAUGGUUUGAACUUGUCAGAUUUAGAGGACCUUUUAGAAGAUAUAAAAGUGUAUAUUGAAUUAGAACAAGGUCAGAAUGUAGAUUAUUGGAAAGAUAUAACUGUUAUUGUAGAAGAUGAAUUGGAUAAAUUAAAACAAAUUGUAGCUGCUGAAAAAGAUGAAUAUUAUUCUCACAGGAGAGAAGGAAUUAACAAAUGUGUUAGAGAUGAUGUACUCAAGAUAUUUAAAGGGAAAACGUAUACUCAACUAGAGUUGUUGGCAAACCAAAUUACUGAAAAAAUUCAGACUCAAGAAAACAUUGAUAUAGGAUAUUGGGAAUCUUUACUGAAACAGCUAAAAGCUUACAUGGCAAAAGCUAGGUUGAGAGAAAAACACCAAGAUUUACUCCGACAAAAAUUGUAUCAGUUUAAAAAGGAGCAGGGUGUUCUUACCACUCAAGAAAAUAACUUGUUCCCUAUCCCGUUGGAAGAAUUGGCGCAAUCUAAAAUGGAAGGAGAUGUAAUCAAUGAUGAAAAUAGCCAAAUACAUCUCGAUACAAGUUCUAAUAUAUUGGUGGAAACAGAGACAUUAGGUGAGCGAAUUGGAGAUGAAAAGGAACAAAAUGAAGAGAGUGAGGAGAAUGAAAUUGAAGCAAGUUAUUUGGCUUACGAAGAGGGCAGAUAUAGUCCAGAACUUAUACCCGAAAAAUAUAUAGAAAAGGGGGUCGUUAUUUCCCAGCAAGACGAAGAAAUCAAGAGGAUAGAAUAUUCCAGAAAGUGUUAUCAACAUACGGGAUCCUCCAAGUAUUCAAUUGAGGACCUGAUGAUAAAGCAAGUUUGUGAAGGUAUAGCCCUAGCUGAUGAAGAAGAAUGUGAAGAUGAGGAGGCUUCAGAAACCAGAUACAAAACCUCAGAUUUCAGCACACAAAUCCCUCUCCCACCAAAAGACUAUUUAUGGCGUGACAAAUACAAACCCCGUAAACCAAGAUUUUUCAACAGGGUUCACACUGGCUUCGAAUGGAACAAAUACAACCAAACCCAUUACGAUUUCGAUAACCCUCCGCCCAAAAUAGUUCAGGGCUAUAAAUUUAAUAUUUUCUAUCCCGAUCUCAUUGAUAAAGGAGUCACCCCCAAAUACUCCGUGAAUCCUUGUUACGAGGAAGGACAAGAUAAGCGAUCCGCUCCUACACCCGAUUUCGCUGUACUACGUUUUUCUGCCGGUCCGCCAUACGAAGAUAUAGCCUUCAAAAUUGUUAACAGAGAAUGGGAGUGUUCUUAUAAAAGAGGUUUUAGGUGUCAAUUUUAUAACAACAUCUUUCAGUUAUGGUUUCAUUUUAAAAGAUAUAGGUAUCGACGAUAAUCGAGAGAUUAAUCCGCGAUGUUUGGCAGAAUUAUAAAUACAAAAACACAUUUACACUUCAAACGAAAAUAUAAAAAAAAUGUCCGUUCUAUUUUUUUCACAACCUUUAUUACCGCAUAAAUAUAUUUAUUUUAUAUAACAUACAUUCAUUUUUAUAUUACAUAUAAAAGAGCGUGUAUAUUUUAUUUAUU